GUAUAUGGAUGAAUCGAUGAACUAUGCUUUCUAUACUCGUAAUUGAGUAAAUAAAAGCUUAACGAAUUUCUGUGCGUUCUGCAUCGGUUCGAUCAAAUCUGUGUCACGCUCAUAAUGAACAUAGUGAGGAUCAAUUCGAGAAAUGUGAUAUUUGUUCUCCUGGCAAUUCUUUCAACCACUUUGCAACAGGCUCAUAUGGGCCACGAGAGUGCAAGUAAAUAUGUGCAAAAAGAGGCUAAUGAAAAUUCUACGCCAGCUUAUAGCAGUAUAAAAGAAGAGAAUGUUAGACUGUGUCCUAGUGGUGUUGCUUGUACAGAGCUACACAGCAAUUGUUUAAAAUGUAAUUUAAAUCCUGAUUGUGAGUAUGGAAAUGAAUACAUCACCAAUUGCUCUGUCCGAGAAAACGUUGACUGCAUUGGCAUACACUCCUUUCAAAAGAAGUAUAUAUGUCGUUAUUGCUAUCAAACUGAGCAUUGGGAGCAUGAAUGCCAUCAGAAGAAUUCUUGCAAUUCUGUAUCAUCGCCAAGACAAUAUUAUAGGACAAAUUGUACAGUGAAUGGUGAUAUAUUGUGUUUAGGACGACGUACAUUUAUGAAAAAUUUAUUAUGUAAUUGGACUGUGGGAUAUCGUUGGUCUACUGCUUUAAUUUUAAGCAUUACUUUAGGAGGAUUCGGAGCUGAUAGGUUUUAUUUGGGUCAUUGGCAAGAAGGAAUUGGUAAAUUGUUUAGCUUUGGAGGAUUUGGUGUAUGGACACUGAUUGAUGUAAUGCUUAUUUCUAUGAGAUAUAUAGGUCCAGCAGAUGGGUCAUUAUAUAUCUGAAAGACAAGUCUAAUGGUAAUAAAUAUAUUAUUUAUAACCAAAGAAAUGUUUAUACCAUUUACCGUGAGUGUCAUUAGUUUUAUAUCAAUAGUACCUAAGCAUCUUAUUAAUUACUUCCAAUGUAAUGUGACACGUGCAAAAAUAAGUGAUGUAAACAUAAAUAAUUAUAAAUAUAACAUCUAUUGAUUAAAAAUAUGACUGCCACUGAAUGAUAAUUUUAUUCUCAGUUACUUCUAUUUCUAUUGCUUCUAUACACGCAUACAUGAUCACUAUACACAACAUAACUAUAAAUUAUAAUCAGUACAGUCGGUCUGUAAAAUUUUAUAGAGACACCUUCAUAUCUCUUGUAGUUAUGUAUGUGCUAGUGACUAAAACACAGUUUCUAUGUAUGUAUUUUAAACAACAAAUAACAAAUCUAAUCUAGUACUAUGUAAAAUUAUUUAAUAAAGAACAAAUGCGUAUCAUAUAUA